AUGCGUCUCAUAGUAGUUCCACUGUCAGUAAAAACUUCAAUGGUUUAUUGCCAAAAGUUGGCACUUCCAGCAGCUCGGCAGACGCCUCGAAUCGACGACAAGCUAGUUGCAAGGGCCGCCAAAACUUGGGGGGAAUGGCAAAAAUCCGAUUCUAAACUUAAAAAGACAAUUAUUUCUUGGGCUAAUAUAGCACUGGAAAGAAUCAGCUAUGAAGAAUGGAGCUUGAAAACUAUUCCUGCCCAAUCGUCGAUAAAAAGAAAGGUUGUAGAAGCCAAUUCUAAAGUCAAUGAAAGUGACCCUCACCACGUAACGCAUGCAGAGUUUGAGAAACAUGAGCUGGAAAAUUCGGAUUUAGAAAGCAUCCCGGUAAUAUUUCCAAGUUCCAUACUGGAUCGUCACCAAGUCACUAGUCGAUUACAAGCCUUAGCUUCUAGAGGAAUCAAUCACCACACGAAAUAUAUGUGGAUGAGCGCCAUUGGUGCUCCAUUGACGCUUCCUGUUGCUCUCUUACCUGUCAUUCCCAAUCUUCCAGGAUUCUAUUUGUUGUUCAGAGCUUGGUCCAACUGGAAAGCUGUCGAAGGUGGUAAGCAUCUCAAUUAUCUACUUAAAAACGAUCACUUGUCGUAUCACGAUGAUGCAAGGUUGAGCCAAUUGUUCACACAGCUCAAAAAUCAUAGUGAAAAUGUUGCUGAAACCGAAAACCCUGAUAAAGAAACGGCCCAAUCAGUUGCCAACGAUAGCGAUCAGCUGUUGCUGGACGAAGAGCAUAUAAACGAACUAGUAAACAUAUUGGGUGCAAAGGAAAUGGCUCCAGAACUACAUAGAGCAGUUCGCCAGAUAAAGAAAAAGUUCCAGUCGGAUAUCAAAAAUUAG